UCUGCAUUGCAGACAGCCGGGGUUGUUGCUGUGUGAUCUCCGUGACAGGGAUCUGUCGUGACUUAUUCCUGCGUGGGGCGAGAAGGGGGGGACACACACAAGAAACAAACAAGUAACGAUGUAACUUAGACGCACUCACACCCCCUUUUUCUUGUAACAAUGUGUACGUUUUUAAGGAGGGAGGGGGGCGCGCGGAGGGAGAAAGGGAGAGCGAUAGAGAAAGGAGGAGGGGGUGCGUUCUGAAAUAAUAUAGUCAGCCAUUUUUUAUGUAAGGGGAUUUUUUUUUCUUAUUGGGGGGGUUGUUAAAAAAUAAAUAUAAGAGGGCGGCCAUCUUUGUUGCUCUGCCUAGUGUAAAAUAUUCCAAAACGCCCCCCACUUUUUUCUGUGCCUAUUUGAAUAUUAAAUAAAUAUCCCAUUAUCGGGCAAGAAUAGGCUCUUUUUGAAUACAAGGACGGAUCCAAUGACCGGGAUAUAAUGUCCUCUCCUCUCCGGUCCUGUGAGGAAGACGAGGGCCUGGUGGUUAAUUCCGAGGGAGGAGAUUUUGAUGAAGAAGACGACGACGGAGACCUAAACGAGAACGCAAGCGACAUAAACUCGCCGGCGGCGCCAAGGGAAACUGCAACGGUAGCCGCGCCAGAUGAUGAUAGAUCAGACAGAGAGGUACCCAUAAGGAAGAAAGGCCGGCCCAAGAAAAAGAAGGACGCAAAGAAGAAAGACAAAGACGGGAAGCCACCAAAAACAAAAAAACGCAAAAAGAUAGACAGCGAUGUAGAGCGAAACUCGGAUAGGGAAAGAGACUAUGGCGAGAACUCGGACAGCGCGGCCAGUGACUAUGGCUCCGGUGAGAAGAAAAAGAAGAAGAAACACAAAGAGAAGAAGGAGCGGAAAACCAAGAAGAAGAAAAAAGACGAUGGCGACAGAGACAGCGGCCAAGAGGAAACCACAAAGCAACCUUUAGAGCAGAAGACCUCUGCCCAGCUGGCCAAAGAGUGGGGACUGGAGGAUGUUGAUCAUACCUUCACAGAGGAGGACUACAGGGAGCUCACCAACUAUAAAGCCUUCAGCCAGUUCAUGAGGCCAAUGAUCGCCAAGAAGAACCCCAAGAUCCCCAUGUCAAAAAUGAUGACCAUCCUGGGGGUCAAAUGGAGGGAAUUCAGUUCAAAUAACCCUUUCAAAGGCAAUGCUGCUGCUGUGGCGGCGGCAGCUGCCGCCGCUGCUAUCGCUGUUGCCGAGCAGGUCUCUGCAGCCACUGCCUCGCCGGAGCCGCCGCCUCAACCGCCACCAAUCAGAAAGGCGAAGACGAAAGAAGGAAAAGGUCCAGGUUAUAAGAAGCGCAGCAAAAGUCCUCGAGUACCAGAUAAGAAAAAGGCGUUGGCUGCAGCUAAGGCCAAAAAGAUGGCCCCCAUUCGUAUUAAACUGUCACCUAUAGGUGCAAAAAGGAAGAAGAGCUGCUCUAGUGACGACGUGGAUGAUGAUGAGUCGGAGCAGGAGGACUCCAGCGUUCACAGCUCCUCGGUUCGCUCUGACAGUUCCGGCCGGGUGAAAAAGAACAAGCGGGGACGACCCGCCAAGAAAAAGAAGAAAAGCUCAUCUUCUGCCCCUCUGUGCGUAGUUAUGGGGGAGGAAGAAGGCGAUGGCUACGAGACGGAUCACCAGGACUACUGCGAGGUCUGUCAGCAGGGCGGAGAGAUCAUCCUGUGCGACACUUGUCCUCGAGCGUACCACCUCGUCUGCUUGGAACCUGAGCUGGACAAGGCCCCCGAGGGCAAGUGGAGCUGCCCCCACUGUGAGAAAGAGGGGAUCCAGUGGGAGGCAAAAGAUGAAGACUUCGAGGACUUCGAGGAGGACAGUGAGGACAGGGUGAUAUCGGAGGUCAGCAGCGGGGUGCCGGCCGGCGGGGACGAUGAGGAUGACGACCACAUGGAGUUCUGUCGGGUGUGCAAAGACGGCGGCGAGCUGCUGUGCUGCGACACGUGCACCUCCUCGUACCACAUCCACUGCCUGAACCCGCCGCUGCCGGAGAUUCCCAACGGGGAAUGGCUGUGUCCGCGAUGCCUGUCUCAGCCGAUCAAAGGGCGCGUCCAGAAGAUCCUGCACUGGCGGUGGGGGGAGCCGCCGUCUCCCAUUCCCGUUCCACCUCCUCCCGACGCUCCACCCGAUGUCCCUCCGCCUCCACCCAUGAAGGGACGGCCCGAAAGGGAGUUCUUUGUCAAGCUGGUCGGACAGUCGUACUGGCACUGCACGUGGAUCACAGAGCUGCAGCUGGAGAUCUUCCACUCGGUGAUGUAUCGGAACUACCAGAGGAAAACUGACAUGGACGAGCCUCCCAGCCUGGAUUACGGCUCGGGUGGGGAGGAAGAAAACAGCGUGGGAAAGAGCGAGAAAAGGAGGGCCAAAGACCCCCAGUUUGCCAUCCUGGAGGACAAAUACUACAAAUAUGGGAUCAAGCCUGAAUGGAUGAUGAUUCACCGGAUCAUCAACCACAGUUUGGACAAGAAGGGAGUUUAUCACUACCUGGUCAAGUGGAGAGACCUGACGUACGAUCAGUGCACCUGGGAGAGAGAUGACAUGACUAUCCCUGACUUUGCGAUCUACAAGGCAAGCUACUGGAGACACAGGGACGCAAUCAUGAAGGAGGAUCCAGACAAACCCAGAAAGAUGCGGACCAAGAGCGCCGAGGGGGAGGAGGAGUCUCCCCCGUCUCCACUUACAGAUCCCACCAUAAAGUACGAGGAGCAGCCGGACUUUGUGACGGCGACGGGCGGCACGCUGCACAUGUACCAGCUGGAGGGGCUGAACUGGCUCCGGUUCUCCUGGGCGCAGGGCACCGACACCAUCCUGGCAGAUGAGAUGGGCCUGGGCAAAACCAUACAGACUAUAGUCUUCCUCUAUUCUCUGUUCAAAGAGGGUCACACUAAGGGUCCCUUUCUGGUCAGCGCUCCACUCUCCACCAUCAUCAACUGGGAGAGGGAGUUUGAGAUGUGGGCGCCCGACUUCUAUGUGGUGACGUACACGGGAGACAAGGACAGCCGAGCCAUCAUCCGAGAGAACGAGUUCUCCUUUGACGACACGGCGGUGAAAGGAGGAAAGAAGGCCUUCAAACUGAGGCGAGAGGCUCCGAUCAAAUUCCACGUGCUGCUAACCUCCUACGAGCUGGUGACCAUCGACCAGACGGCGCUCAAGUCCAUAGAAUGGGCCUGCCUUGUUGUGGAUGAGGCCCACCGCCUGAAAAAUAACCAAUCAAAGUUUUUCAGGCGUUUAAAUGACUACAAGAUUGACUACAAGCUGCUGCUGACCGGGACGCCGCUGCAGAACAACCUGGAGGAGCUCUUCCACCUGCUGAACUUCCUCACGCCCAACCGCUUUAAUAACCUUGAAGGCUUCCUGGAAGAGUUUGCUGACAUCUCCAAAGAGGACCAGAUCAAAAAGCUCCACGAUCUGCUGGGGCCUCACAUGCUGCGGAGGCUGAAGGCCGACGUCUUCAAGAACAUGCCCGCCAAGACGGAGCUGAUCGUCCGAGUGGAGCUGAGCCCCAUGCAGAAAAAGUACUACAAGCUGAUUCUAACCAAGAACUUUGAGGCUCUGAACUCCAAAGGUGGAGGAAACCAAGUGUCCCUCCUCAACAUCAUGAUGGAUCUGAAGAAGUGCUGCAACCACCCCUACCUCUUCCCCGUCGCCUCCAUGGAAGCUCAGAAAACCCCCAGCGGUGCUUACGAGGGGUCGGCCCUCACCAAGGCGUCUGGAAAACUGAUGCUGCUGCAGAAAAUGCUGAGGAAACUGAAGGAGCAGGGGCACCGAGUGCUGGUCUUCUCACAAAUGACCAAAAUGCUGGAUCUUCUCGAGGACUUUUUGGACCAUGAGGGUUACAAGUACGAGAGAAUUGACGGCGGGAUCACUGGAGCUCUGAGACAAGAAGCCAUCGACCGCUUCAACGCUCCUGGCGCUUGUCAGUUUUGUUUCCUGCUCUCCACCAGAGCGGGAGGUCUCGGCAUCAACUUGGCCACAGCAGACACCGUCAUCAUCUUUGACUCCGACUGGAACCCGCACAACGACAUUCAGGCUUUCAGCCGGGCUCACCGCAUCGGACAGGCCAACAAGGUGAUGAUCUACAGGUUUGUGACGCGAGCCAGCGUGGAGGAGCGCAUCACCCAGGUAGCCAAGAGGAAGAUGAUGCUGACCCAUCUGGUGGUGAGGCCGGGUUUGGGUUCGAAAGCAGGCUCCAUGACCAAGCAGGAGCUGGAUGACAUCCUCAAGUUUGGGACAGAGGAGCUCUUUAAGGACGAGGGAGAAGGGAUGAAGAACAACGCAGGGGAUAAAGUUGAGGACGAGGGGAACGUCAUCCACUACGACAGCACCGCCAUCGAGAGGCUGCUGGACCGAAGUCAGGACGCCACAGACGACACGGACGUGCAGAACAUGAACGAGUACCUGAGCUCCUUCAAAGUGGCUCAGUACAUGGUCCGGGAGGAGGACAAGAUCGAGGAGAUCGAGCGGGAGAUCAUCAAACAGGAGGAGAACGUGGACCCGGACUACUGGGAGAAGCUGCUGCGGCAUCACUACGAGCAGCAGCAGGAGGACCUGGCCAGCAAGCUGGGGAAAGGCAAGAGGAACCGCAAGCCCGUCAACUACAACGACGCAGCGCAAGAAGAUCAAGAGUGGCACGCUGACAUUUCAGACAACCAGUCCGAGUAUUCAGUCGGCUCCGAGGAGGAGGAUGAAGACUUUGACGAUCGGCCAGAAGGUCGACGGCAGUCUCGCCGCCAGCUGAGGAACGACAAGGACAAGCCUCUGCCUCCUCUCCUGGCAAGAGUUGGUGGCAACCUUGAGGUUCUGGGCUUUAACACACGCCAGCGCAAGGCCUUCCUGAACGCCGUGAUGCGCUGGGGAAUGCCCUCCCAGGAUGCCUUCUCCUCGCAGUGGCUCGUCCGAGACCUCAAGGGCAAAUCCGAGAAGGAAUUCAAAGCGUACGUUUCUCUGUUUAUGCGGCACUUGUGCGAGCCGGUCGCUGACGGGGCGGAAACCUUCGCCGACGGCGUCCCGAGGGAGGGACUGUGCCGCCAGCCGGUGCUCACUCGCAUCGGCGUCAUGUCACUCGUCAAGAAAAAGGUUCAUGAGUUUGAGCACAUCAACGGCCGCUGGAGUCUACCAGAACUCAAGCCGGAGAUCAGCAUAGACAAAGCCUCCUCCAGGGCUUCCUCCCCCACUGUCAAGACAGCCACACCCACAACUGACGCCAGCUACAACAGCACGCCGUGCCCCUCCAAACCAGCAACCCCCGCUCCUUCAGAGAAGACAGAAAAAAAUGGCAAAGAGGAGGAAAAGGCGGAAGCGGAGGAGAAAGAGAAAGUGAAGGAUGAACGGAAAGAGGCAGACAGCAACAAGAUUGGAGAAUCUCAGGAGAUGUCCUCUGCCACAAAAGAAACGCAUCGAAACGCUUCUGCGGGUCAAAAAAACGAGAAGACAGAAGACGGUGAGGCGAAGGACGAAUCGGCGGACGCUCCAGCCGCCACGGCGGCGGAGAAAAAAGAGCUAGAGGAGAGUAAAGAGGAGACUAAACUGGAGUCAAAGCACGAAACAAAAGAGAAACCAGGAGACGAGGUUCGGGAGGAGAAGGAGUCCCGUUCCAAAAUGGAGACAGCAGAGGGCAAAGACAAGGCCGAGGCGGCUGAAGUCAAGAAAGAAGACGUGAAAGGGGAAAGGGAGGCUGGGAAGGAGCUCAAAGCACCCAAAGAGGAGGCGCCAAGGGGUAAUGGAAAGCCUGCAAGCGAGCGGCCGCGCUUCAUGUUCAACAUCGCGGACGGUGGCUUCACAGAGCUGCACACUCUCUGGCAGAACGAGGAGCGGGCUGCCAUCUCCUCGGGGAAGAUGAACGAGAUCUGGCACCGCCGACACGACUACUGGCUGCUGGCGGGAAUCGUAAUUCACGGCUACGCCCGGUGGCAGGACAUCCAGAACGAUCCUCAGUUCGCCAUCGUCAACGAGCCGUUCAAAUCACAGGCGAACAAAGGCAACUUCCUGGAGAUGAAGAACAAGUUCCUGGCCCGUCGCUUCAAGCUUUUGGAGCAGGCUCUGGUGAUAGAAGAGCAGCUGCGGCGGGCGGCGUACCUGAACAUGACGCAGGACCCCAGCCACCCGGCCAUGGCGCUCAACGCACGCUUCGCUGAGGUGGAGUGCCUGGCGGAGUCGCACCAGCACCUCAGCAAGGAGUCGCUGGCCGGCAACAAGCCCGCCAACGCCGUUCUGCAUAAAGUGCUGAACCAGUUGGAGGAGCUGUUGAGUGACAUGAAGGCCGACGUGACCCGGCUUCCAGCCACGUUAUCUAGAGUGCCGCCAAUCGCCGCUCGCCUCCAAAUGUCCGAGAGGAGCAUUCUCAGCCGGCUCGCCAGCAAAGGCACCGAGACGCACACGCCCCCUCCCAUACCUCCAGGACCCUACGCAACCCCUCAGGCCUACGGAACGCCCUACACACCUGCACCACCAAGCGCGCUUCACAUGGGUGGGGCCAACUACAGUCAAAUGCCGCCGGGAUCCUUUAUAUCAGUUUUAAACGGGCCUCCCAUGUCUGUAAAGAAGGAACGGGAGGCGGAGCUGAUCAACAGGCGGGAGCAGCGCAGCGGGGAAGUCAUCUGCAUCGACGACUAGACAACAAAGCAAACCAGUUUCCUGCAAAGCCUCCCCCCUUGUUUCUCCAAAAACUGACAUUUAGGUGGAAAAGAUUCCCGGCGAUGGACUACAACAUCUGUCUGAGCAGCCUAUAUAGACUGACUGCGGGUGAACCAAGUGGCCCACCAUGAUUGUAGUUCCCUCUUUUGAGACUGAAAACACGUUCACACAUCCCCACAACCUGUCUCUCCCGGAGUGUGACCUUUUACUCAUCUGCCUCAAACCAUUAUACUCCUCAUAAACGGCCUCCUCUCAAAGGCCUCCUCCACUAGAGAUGCUUCUAACCUCACAUUACACUACAGCCACCUCCUCAGUCCCCCAAAACCCUUUUAGCUCCCCGAGUAGACUCCACAACAUGGCCUCCUUUUCCCUCCCCUGCUCUUGAAAGUAUCAGCAGGAAGCUGCAUGUGUAUGGAAACUCGCUCGUCUCAUCAUGCUCCGCCCCCCCCGAAGCAUGCUCCUAUCACUACCAUGCUGUCUCGUGGAAAAAAAAAAUAUAUAGCCCAUCAAGCUGUGCCUACAGUCAUUUAAACACAGACUUUCACCGAGAAGAUGAACCGGUUUUCUCAGUCCAAGCAGCUCCAAGCACAGCUAGUGUUUUUUCUUUUCUUAUGUAAUUCAUUUUUAUCAGCGGUACUAGUUUGGAUAAACAUAUGCAGUAAGGCAUACAGUAAACAAUCUUCAGGAGUUCUUCGACCGCGUAAGUAUUUCUCCACGGCUCGUCUCGUCUGGGAACAGAGCUUUGGGGUAUUUUGAGGGGGUUUAAGUUCCAGAAAAGGUCUACAGAUGACGCUAUUUUUCAGAAAAACCCUCCUUAUGAAUGUUUCAUAAAGCAAGCCAGUGUUAUCAAAAGUCUACCGACCACACCUCCUUGUCUGGAUCAUAUGCCCCCUUUUGCCUUUUUUAUUUUUUUUGGCUUUUUUUGUUUUUUUUCCCAGGUUUUGAUCACGAAAUUGGUGCGAUAUAAUUUGCAGAUUUACGCAGCUCGUCUGCGUUUGUCUUGUACUUUUACUUCUAAAUAUCGUUGUCGUCAAUGUUGCUGUUGUUCUCACUUGUUGCUAUUUGAACAGAGCUUUUACCAAAAACAAAAAAAAGUUCUUUUUGUAAGAAGAAACUAUGAAGAAAAAGUAAAAAAAAGAAGAAAAUAAAAAGCACCCCACAGCAGGUGAGGCAACCCCUUUCGCUAUCCUCAUCCUUUCUGAUAACGAAGAAGUUGGAAUAACUUCAGAAAUGCUUGUUGUUCCCGCCUACUUUUAUGCGAUUUUCCAGUAACAAGCAUAAACAGAUAAUAGGCCAUAUUUAACCCAAAAUGCUUCUUUAAGCGUCAUAGUUUGUUAAAAAAAAACACGGUUAAAGUUGCUGGGACUUUUUAUAAGUUGCAAUUAUUUACAAACGCCUUAAGAAAGAUCGCAGAACAACAAAAGGAAAACCCGUAAACUGAUGUUCGUGUAAGUAACGCUAGCUAUAAGCUAACUAAUCGCAAAAUGUUUCUCUUCUGUUCCGACAUAGUUUGAAAUCCUUUUACUUUGGUAUUUUUGUUUUAAACAAAAAGCCUAAAAAGGAAUAAAAAAAAAUGAUUAUCAAAGUAAAAGCACUUAUUUUGUCCAUACACUUUGUCCUCUUUCAAAGAGUUUUUUUUCUGUUGUUGUUGAUUUUGGGAUAUCUUGUGUCACUGUGUAAUCUAGUGGUGCCGAUCAAAAGAUGAGUGACGAUAAAAACUUGUGAAAGAAGACACCAAAACUUUUUUGUUGUUUUUUUUUUGUUUGUAAUAAAAUAAAUCGAAUGAGGAAAAAA